CAAAACAUAAAUUUUUUUUUUCAUCAAUCCCAGAAUGUCGGACGCAUUGACAGAAGCUCAGGUUGCCGAGUUCCGGGAGGCCUUCUCCCUCAUUGACAAGGACUCCGACGGGUACAUCACCAUGGAAGAACUGGCAACGGUGAUCCAGUCAUUAAAUGAGAAUCCCACGAAAGAAGAAGUUCAAGACAUGAUUGGUGAAGUUAACGGUGAUGGAAACGGGAGCAUAGACUUUGUAGACUUCUUGAAUAUUAUGGCAAGAAAAAUGAAGGAAAGUGUUGCAGAGGAGCUAAAAGAAGCCUUCAAAGUAUUUGAUAGGGAUCAAGAUGGAUACAUUUCAGCUAAUGAGCUGAGAAAUGUAAUGAUAAAUUUGGGGGAGAGAUUGACAGACGAAGAGGCUGAACAGAUGAUCAAAGAGGCUGAUUUAGAUGGUGAUGGUCAAGUGAGCUAUGAAGAAUUCGCAAGGAUGAUGAUGCUGAAUUGAAGAGCAUUAUUAUGUUGUGCAAUGGUUUUUAUUAUUAUCAAAAUGUAUUAAAUACUUAACAAGG